AAUCAAACAAGACAAACCGGGGCAUCUGAUAUACUCUGUGGUGACCAUGAGCUAAGACCCCCUCCGAGACUGCCCUUGUGCUCAAAAUUUCGUGUCAACUACUCUUAAUAAACGACGUAUUCAAAAUACGAAUGAUCUAUUCAGAUGGAAUCCGCGAGACUACGCAAGGCAUUUCGCUAUCCGGAUGACUCGGGCGAUGACAUUGCCCGAGAGGAACUAGACGAAGAAGAACAGGAACGUGUAAUCAAGAACCUGAAAAUACAAAAUGAGGAACGAGAUUCGCAGUACAGUGUAGUUUUCGCUGCAAUUCCCCUCUUAUCGAUAAUAGUAUUUGUCCCAUCGCUGCUAUCCUCGCAUGCGCUGGGAGUAUUCACACGGUUUUUGUCCCUUAUCAGCAUAAUAUCGUUGUUAGCUACCACCUAUACGAUAAAAUAUGUCCCGCCGCAACGUCCCGACCCGAAGGGCAAGAGGCCUGUACGACAUCCGGACCUUGUGCGGAGGUACAUAAUUCCAGGAAAUUCUGGCAUAAGUGCUUUCUUGGUGUUGGUUUAUUUUACUUCCUCAGAGGCGUCAAUUGGGGCCCAGCCUGUUGUGUACCUCGUUCCUGUCGCUUUACUAACCACUAUUCUGAUUGUUCGCCACGUUAUGGUGUCUGUUGAUCUCAAGCCGCUGGAAGAUCUUCGAUAUGAGUACAAAGGAGCCUAGGGUUGAGUAGCAUUAGAUGCUUGGCGGGUCGAUUAUUUGGUUAUGAUCCGCACAUAUAGUCUAACUACUACUAGUAUCUGGCAAGGACAAGUAGUAUGUAACCAGCUCCG